CUUCAAAUUAAACUUGAAAGUUACAUGUAUCACAUAUUCGUGCUUUGUAGCGGCGAUGAUUUAAAAUUUUCGUUCUCGAAGAUUGUUAGGUUAGGCAGCAUGAUUGAAUGUAUCGUUGAACACGUGAUAAGACUGGAUUUUUAGAUAGUAUUUUAUAAUAUGUAACAUUGCAUUGCGCAUUUAAAAAGUAUCUACAUGCACAUGAAUUAGGAAACGCUUCUCAAUGAUUCGGUGUUGGUCGAAUUUAAAUCAGCGCGGUUUUCAAUUUGUUGAAAACCUGUUAACCACUCGAGCGCACCGUAUAAAAGAUAAUGUUGUCCAAGGACAAAUAUCAGAAGUGUUUCGAAUUUCAAAUCGUAACGUACGCUUUACGGCCACCUGUUGCACACGCGAACUUAAAAUGGUGAGCUUAAUUCAAAAAAAUCUUUGGGAGACAGACCCAGAACUUUUUGAUUUGAUGGAAAAAGAAAAAAAGAGACAAAUAUUUAGCCUUGAGAUGAUUGCUAGUGAAAAUUUUACAUCUCUUAGUGUACUUCAGUGUUUGAGUUCUUGUCUUCAUAAUAAAUAUAGCGAAGGUCUUCCUGGCCAAAGGUAUUACGGAGGAAAUGAAUACAUCGAUGAAAUUGAAUUAUUGGCACAGAAGCGUUCUUUAGAAGCAUUCAAUUUAAAUCCAGAAGAAUGGGGCUGUAAUGUACAACCAUACUCGGGCAGCCCAGCUAAUUUUGCUGUAUAUACAGGUUUAAUUGAACCUCAUGGACGUAUAAUGGGACUGGAUCUUCCCGACGGAGGGCAUCUUACUCACGGUUUCUUUACAGCAAAUAAAAAAAUUUCUGCAACGUCAAUAUUUUUUGAAUCAAUGCCAUAUAAAGUUAAUAUUGAAACUGGUUUAAUUGAUUACGAUAAAUUAGCUGAAACAUCAAGAUUAUUCAAGCCUAAAAUUAUAAUAGCAGGUGUAUCUUGCUACAGCAGAUGUUUAGAUUAUAAGAAAUUUAGAGAAAUAGCAAAUGAAAAUAAUGCUUACUUGUUUAGCGAUAUGGCUCAUGUAUCAGGAUUGGUUGCCGCUGGAUUGAUUCCCAGUCCAUUUGAAUACAGUGAUGUUGUAUCAACUACUACUCAUAAAACUUUAAGGGGACCUCGAGCUGGUGUCAUCUUCUUUCGUAAGGGAGUCAGAAGCGUUAAGAAAAAUGGACAAAAAGUUAUGUAUGACAUAGAAAAUAAAAUCAAUCAGGCAGUCUUCCCAGGAUUACAGGGCGGACCUCAUAAUCAUGCAAUCGCGGGGAUUGCUACAACAAUGAAACAAGCUAAAUCACCAGAAUUCCUUACAUAUCAAAAACAAAUAGUGGCUAAUGCAAAAAGGCUGUGUUCAAGUCUUCAAAAAUGUGGCUAUAAAAUAAGUACUGGUGGUACUGACGUUCAUAUGUUAUUAGUAGAUUUACGGUCUACGGGUGUUACAGGAGCUAAAGCAGAAAAGAUUUUGGAGAGUAUUUCUAUUGCCUGUAAUAAAAAUACAGUACCGGGCGAUAAAAGUGCAUUGAAUCCUAGUGGCAUCAGAUUAGGUACACCAGCGUUAACUACUCGUGGUUUAGUCGAAGAAGAUAUUGAUAAAGUUGUUGACUUUAUACAUAAAGGUUUAUUACUUUCCAAAGAAGUAUCUGACAUUUCUGGCCCUCAACUUGUUGAUUAUAAUAGAGUACUGAAUACAGAUGCUCGUAUAAAAGAAAAAGUUGCAGCUUUAAAAGAAGAAGUAGAAACUUUUUCCAAACAAUUUGCUAUGCCUGGUUAUGAUACAUAUUAAAGAUAUAUUCAACAUCUUAUACAAAUUUGGUGCGAAAUAUGUAUUUAUAUAAGUACAUAAUAUUUUUAUAAAUAUAAAUUACUUAAAAAAUGUAAGUACUUAAGAAAUUAAAUAUAAAACAAUAUAUAACAACAUUUUUUAAAAGUAUUAGAUUGUGGAUUAUAAUGUUGUAUUUCUGUAGAUAGAUAUGUAGAUAGCAUACUUUUUUAUACUAAAAUCUAAAAAUUUGUACUUGCAUGCAGAUGUAUUCUAUAUGUAUAUGUGUGACAAAUUUUUACUUC